UAGAGAAAAGGAUCACCUUGUGGACCUAUAUGUUCAUAUUAAAAGAGGUCAAAAGCGACACCCAGAGAGAUCAAUUAAUAUAAUUAUUUUAUUUAUGUAUAUUGAUGAAAAGGUAAGAAUAUGUAUGAUGUGUAUAUGUAGGGGCAGUAGGCCUGCUGCAGUGUUCCUCGAUUUUUAUGUUGUGUGUUGCAGGUGUGGUGCCUCGCGGAGUGUUGCUACGGCAGGGCCAGCAAGUGUGGGUGGCCGAGGCUGUGUUUGUGCCACUCUUGUGGUACCAUUUUUGUCUCUCUCUCACGUCCACCUCCGUCUCCCUCUUCCUCGACGCUCGUCGUCUCCUCCAGGUCACUCCCAUCAUCGAUUACUUUAAGGGACAACUUCGGAUCUUAUUGGGAGGAAGUGUCAUAUGGCCUGAUGUAUCUCCUUCUACCCUCAGUUUUAGUACACCUUCAGACACGCAAUGGGAAACCCUAAGUGCCACCAAGAGCAUCACCUCCAUCGUCGGAGCUUUUGCUGGCGACUUGCUGGCUCCCCAAGUGUGGAACGCCGCACUCACUGAGGCAAACGUAACUCAGUUAGUUGCCUGCAAAGAAUCCUCUGCCACACAACAACAACAACAACUAAACUGGAAAUUAUACGGGAAUAAUAUUAGUGAAACUUCGAUGAAUAAAACAGAGCCAUGUAAUAGGAGAUAUUUUGACUAUCUAUUGUUUCCGGAACCCAUGAAAUAUAAUGAUAAUCUUGAGUUGUGUGUUAAGCUAAAUAUGGAAAUGAUCAAGCCUCGUUCAGGUGACGAAUAUGAGCAUUUAUUCCAAGACAUUUCAAUUCAAAAAGCAUGUACUGAAGGGCGGCGUGUGUUGUGGUUGGGUAAGGAAAGAGAUGGUUGCAAAGCUCUCAUUGCUUCGGGUAAGGAGUCAGCUCCUUGCAACUCAAACCUCUGUGGAGGCUGCCAAAUUACUCCUCGGCGGCGUCGCCUGUUUAUUUUACGAGGUUUAUGUUCUCUUCCCGCUAUAGAUUUGGCGUUUGUUGCCACCUCCAGCACAAGUGCUCGGCCGUCCUUUCAGGGCGUGGAGCGUUAUGGUAUAACGACAGUUGAAGACACGUGGGAAGUACAUGACGGAGCUACGGGUGAAGUGCUGGCAACCACAAAUGGUACUGACCCGCUUGGUAUUCGCAGCUGGCAGGUGAAGUCUAAUAUGUGCAGUGCCACUACUUCGGAAUUAGUGGGAGCGUCCCUAAGUGCAUGUGGAGAGUCUGAAACUCUCUGUAGGUCUGGUGCUUGCAUCCCCCAGAGGAUGCGCUGUGACGGGUACCCCGAUUGUCCAGAUGGUUACGACGAAGAGGAUUGCCAGCCAGUCAGAAGGCCAGUAGGUUACCUAAUAAACUCUCCGCCACCCCACCCUCCCGCUGCCAUAAGUCUCACCAUUGAUAUCACGAGAGUGGUGUCGACCGAGCCACUGACGAUAGUGCUGCUCAUUUCACUCACCUGGCAAGAUCCUCGUCUCACUUUUGCUAAUCUAAGGAAAGACGUGGACAUCCCUGUACCCAUUAAUUCUAUUAUGUGGCGCCCCCGUCUCCUGGUACUCACUCAGGAAACCGCAGCUACUGAAGACUUGUUGAGAAAAUCUCAAGCUACAGCUGGGGACCAAGGUAUCGCCACCCUCACAGCCAGAACCUCAGUGAAACCCAUCCCAGACACCAGAGAUACCCCUUCAAUAGACAUGCUUUUCCCUGGUGCUAACACCACCAUCACACUGGCCGAGUACCUUCAUCAAACCAUCGACUGCUACUUCGACCUCAGUUUCUACCCGUUUGACGUGCAUGUGUGUGAGUUGCCGCUGGUGCUGGUGCCUCACGGGGUCAACCACGCCCGCCUCCUCACUGGUAUCAACAGCGUCAAAUACACCUCGUUUUCAAGGCUCUCAAAUUUCGAGGUAGUGGAGGCCAAGAUGAAGUCUCAAAAUGCUCAGCUGGGUGGUCGGGUAUACAGCGGCGUGGUGCUGCAGGUGCAGCUGGCGCGGCAAGCAGGGUACAUGGUCCUGGCUAUCUUCCUGCCUUCUUCAGUCCUUCUGGGGGUGAGCACUGGUUCCCUCUGGAUGUCCAACAAAACACCUUCCCGCCUCAUCAUCAGCUGUUUCGUGGUGGUGGCAUUCCUUAUGAUGUGGCUCAUCACAGCUAUCACCAGCCCUUCCUCAGGGAAAGUCAAGGCUGUGGAUGCUUGGCUGUGCUUUUGUAUCAUGCAUUCCCUCCUACAUGCCACUCUUCACGUGCUACUGGAAGUGUUCUCUGAGGAAGGGGGUGUCCAACAACUGUUCUCGCGGGUGGUGUCACGUCCCAGUUCUAGACUGAGGGAAGUGAAGCCCAUUGACUCUGGAAGCCUCUACAGCAACAUUAUAAAUGGGAUGCCAGAGGGAGAGACUUGGACAGUAGGUUACUGGAUCACAUUAAUCGGUCGUGUUGUCUCCCCCAUCCUCAUCUUAGUGUUCAACCUCGUCUACUGGCCAUUCGUAUUCUAUUUUAACGUUAACGACCUACCGUAAACCAUAUUCAAAUUUUACUCCAAAAUUAACUUUACCUUCGCACUACAAGUACCUUAGAACAAUUUAAUACAAACUUACGAGGGCAAGAUGUAAAAUACCACAGUAAUACAACGUGAUUCACGUCACACUACUCCUACUGUACCAUAAGUUGGAUUCCAAUUAUUACUUUAUAACACUUAACAAGAAAUGUGACCAAGGCAUUCAAUUUUGUAUCAAUAUUCACCGUGUACUGUCAGUAAGUGUUGUGUUGUUGAACUCGUCUCUCUCAUGUAUAAAACAGAGUUGAAGUAUGGUGUAGCCGAUAUUUAUUUUAAGAAAUAUAGUAAAAGAUCUUUAUUACUGCCAUAAUGAAGCACCAAUAAAGAUAUAA